GAUUUGUUUCGCGAGGCGAGCUGUAGUUUCUUUGCUUACUGCGUGUGUCCCUCAAUCGUCAACUGCAGAUUGAUAGAAACUUAUCAAAUGGACACAAUGUUAUUCUAAGCAAUCGGCAUGUGCGCCUUUUACUGCAUGGUAAAAUAAUAGACUACACCAAAGUUGUUUUCUAGAGUAAACGGAGUGUUUUUUGUCGUUGCUCAGAUCAAGCUAGUUUGUGACCUGAUAGUCGGAAUCGUCUUUGUGUCCUCUCUCGUGCGCUUUUAAUUGAACUGUUCUUUUUUUUUUUUUUAAAAUAAAAACUGUUUUAUUUAGUUCAGGAAAACUUUUUUGAAGAUGUUUUUACCCACUGUUAUAUAUACGUUAGCUAGUAUUUUUUUUGUGCACAUUUAAAGGAACGAUGUGGGAGUCAAUGAAGGUGUUAGAGCAGUGAUGUCACAGAGCUGAAGACAUUUCCUAUCAAUAUGGAGUCUGGAGAGCGGCUGGCCUCCCCCGCGCUCCCCACCGCUCGCACCUCCUCCCCUGCUGCCUCCUCUUCCUCCUCCUCGUCCUCCCCGGCUCCCCACUCCAAGAGCAGUCUGGCCGCCAGCCCUGCAGCCUCACUGGGAUCUACCCUCAGCACCUCUGGUCGUUUGUAUGGGGUGAUGAGUGACCAGCAGCCCUACACGUUGUCAAGUGCCUUCCCCCUGGUCAGCCACCCAGCCUUCGGCCUGUACACCACCAGCUCAGGACGCCCAGAGUUUGGAGGCCUGGGGUCGUUGGGGUCCCUGGGUUCUCUGGGGUCCUUGGGGAUGUCUGCUGCCCUGGCCGCACACCCCCAGCUGGGAGCUCUGACAGAAUGGUGGCGAGCAGCAGAGGCCCACAGUAGGGGGGCAGCAGCCUUCCUCCCACCGUUCCUGGGCCUCCCCACAAUGUUCACCCCCCACAUCCAGCAGAACCACAGCCCCCUGCAAGCCCCCUCCAGGACCCCCAGCAAAAACGGACAGACCCCCAAAGGGGUGAACGGGGCAGUGAACGGAAGUGGGGUCUCCUCCCCAACCAUGCAGGGGUCUUACUCCAUGAGCGCGUCCCCAUCCCUGGGUGCCUCCCAGGCUGUUAAGGGCCCCAACUCCAAGGCCAGGGGCCCCAGGAGCAGCCCUCACAGCCAGAGCCACACAGCAGAGCUACAGCUGGAGAAAGUACCCUGCAAACCUAAAGACAAGAAGCCCGGUAAAAAGCCAGCAGAGGUCGCCGGGGUCAGUGACAGCGAAUCAGGCUCUUCCUCGGACAGCUCCAGCGACGGAGCCAUCAGCAGCGACCUGGAGGACCUCGGAGGGGAAGAGGACGACGACGAUGAUGACGACGACAAUGAUGAUGAUGAGGAUGAGGAAGAGGAGGGAAAGAGCGAGGCGUGGAACUCUGAGAAGGAGAAGGCGAGGCGGACGAAGAAAAAAAUGAAGAUCGGGACACUAAGCUCGGGCAUGAAGGAGGCCCAAGACAAUAGGAACAGCCUGCCCCACAGCCUACACUCCGACCACCCCACCCUGGUCCCCUCACAGCACUCCCCCUCUACCCUGUCCCAGAGCUCCCCCCUGUCUCUCCAGACCUCCCGUCCCAGAGAGGAGGGUCUCCAGCAGCACCUCAGUGUCAUCCAGUCCACGGGCCUAGCAGCCAGCUCCAAGCCCCUGGCCUUCCUCACCCAACCCCGCAGGGAAACCUCCUCCCCAUCAACCGUCUCUGCCUCUCCAAUCCCCCUCCUCACCUCCCCCAAAGGACGCACCACCGUCUCCCCCAAGCCGCCCAAGCUUCUGCCCUCCUCGCCGCAGCACCCGCCCCUGUCCCUCUGCUCUUCCUCCAAGCCCCUGUCGGUGCCCUCCCUGGCCCGCUCCGUACCCCUGUCCUCCUCGCCUCAAUCCUUCCCUCUCCUCACGUCGCCCAUGGCCAACUCCCAGCAGCCCAAGCAUCUGAAGACACCAGGCAGUGGGAAGGCUAGUAAGAGGAAGUUGCUGGAGGAAUCACUCUCUCAGAUCAACGAAUUCAGACUCAAACAGUCUUUACUCUCGCAAGGCCAGACGUUCCCGGCGGCGCAGCCCAAGAAGCAGCAGGGUCACAGAACCUCUCGGAAGGCUGCUGGGGUGACGUCAUCCUCCUUGCCGCCCCCAAGCUGUCCUCCUCGGAGAGUCCGUGUGGCGGUGGCAGAAGCACAAAGUUGCCCCCUGCUCCCCUCCCCCUCCCCCAGAACAACCACUCCAACCUCUUCCUGUCCAGCGCUCUCCUGGGCCUAGCUGC